AUGGGCACUUUCAAUGACUCUGUGUAUAAUGAUGAGUCUCAGGGAAGCCAGUCAGCGAGAAAGGGCUUGUCGGCGGGAUUCACUCCGAUACCAGAUGGCACCGGGGAAACCUGCCCUGUGAAAGACCAGCAGGUUCCUGGCUCUGCUUCAAGGCAGACUCAAAGCCCUUAUAAUUUAUACGGCCUAGCUGUCAGCCAGUCGCAGGCACCGAAAGAAAAUUCGCUUACCCGGAAGGAAUCUCAGAAAGAGAACGCACCCGCACCCGUACGACCGCGCUUUGGGAUGCGAGACUCGCAGUCUCAAGUGCCACAAAUCCGGUCUCGUGUCUCUGCUCCCGAACCUCGGCAGGAUGAAGACAAUUGCAUCGAGGAAGCAGGAGCUCUUAGCCCUUCAACUGGUCGGAAAGUAGCCCUAUCGCACGGUGACGUCGCUAAGUCUUCCCAUGCAUAUAACGGCAAUCACUCUAUUCCUUGUACCUCCCUUCACGACCAGACAGCCAUAUCAACAGGCGCUAAAGGACGUGCCAGACCUUUGCCGUCGCAUUCCAACAAUCUUUUAAAGCGUCCAAGAUCCCCCUCCCCCGCCUCGCAGGACUCCUUUGCGGCUCUUCCCAGGGAUAUUCAGGAGAAGAAGUACAUGAAGCAGUCAAGAACGUUCCAGAUGCCCCUCUCAGAGCUGGGUCGUAUACAGGGCUCUGCCACUGAAGAGCCACCUUCCGAUGAGGAGCAGGACGAAUUUUCCUCCUUUACCAGCGAUAAAAACUGGGCUCGUACGCGGUUCAGGGAUCUUUCUGUCUCCCGGACAGGGUCACAACCCCCAACACAGCCUCAAGAUUCGCAGGAUCAGCGCUCUUCAUCUCCCUUAUAUUCCGGCUCUUGUCCUCAAGCUCAAAGGCAGGACGAUGACGAUGAUGAUAAUUUCUUUCCCACCGACGGGGCUACCCGCGCACUUUCUUCACCACGACUUCCCACAAGCAGCCGAUUGGAAACAGACUCAGAACAUGAACAGAGUUUUGCUUUCACAGGAGCAGUUACUCAACUGACCGACGCUGUCUCCCCUGUAGCUGUAGCCACUCAAUCCAUCGACGAUGAUGCUCCCGUUCCUCCGCUCGAUAUUGAUAUCUACCAUCAAUCUGGCAUAACAUCUACUACCUCGGGUCCACAGAGCGUUCUCUCUAUGGUUAACCCCAAUAAACGCUGGCGUUUUCAGGGGAAUACCGCUGCUCUUGCGCAGGCGCAGGCGCUCCACCAACACACUCAAGCCUUGUACGAGCCUCUUGACUCCGUUGCUGGACCAAGCGCCUAUGAGGAGACUCAGCCCUCGGAAGUGUCCAACCUUCCUGAAACUGGUCGGCCGAUCGAUAGCAACGACGGUGCGCCGCACGGACACACUAUCGAAGAGACUCAGCCCUCAGAAUCGUCAAAUCUCCCGAAUGCAGGCCGAUUGCUCGAUGACAGCCGGUCCAGUUUCGGAGCAUGUGACGACAGCGGGGCAACUCAGCCUACAACAGCGUCGAAUUUGCCCGCGACCGGUCUGGAGGUGGAUCCUGUGAUAUUCAGGGAAGACGACGCGCCUGGUUCACUACGUGCAGCGGAACCGGAUUAUUCAGAGGCGGGUGAAGUGCCUGAAACUGAGCCCUCUCAAUGCCCGGGUGCACCCUCGUCCUCUCCUGAGGUGCCUUUGGCUAUUGCGCCCGCGGCCAUGCCGCCUGCGGAGCGACCAAGGGAGACUGAGGAGAAAGAGAGUGAAAGCCAAGACAUUCCCCUGGCCGAAAUGAGCAAACAUCAGAAAACCAAGCCGCCGAGCAAACCACUCCCUCGCGAAGAUUCCGGCUCCACCAUGCCUCCCCCGCGAAAACGGACGCGAACAGACCUCUUUACAUCGAAGCGCUCACCCAUCCCUGCCGCUGAUUCCUCAAUCCGUUCAGAGGAUAUGAUCAUCCCGUCGUCCGAUCCGCGAGAACGGCAGCAGGAACUCCUGAAUUCCGGUUAUAGAACCGUGUCGAAAGGCACGGCUAAGGGUACUCCGACGCCCAUCACCCCGGCAGUGCGCCUGGAAGAUCACGACCAUGACGAAUCGGACGCUCUCAGUGAUCGCGAUCAAGAGGAGGUCCUGACUGAGCUCGCGGACGAAGACAUGGAGGAGAGUUCUCUCUCGACGCGCAAGCGCAGACGAGGAACGUCGUCCGCACUGAAGGCGUCUGCUCGCUCCAUCAAAACCAACACGUCGACGCCGCCUACCCGAAGCUCGAGCCGGGUGAAGUCCACGUCGCUUGGACGAGGCCUGUCCGUCUCCGCGACGCGCGUGCUUGCGCUCUGGAAGCAGGACUCGCACUACUAUGUCGGUACCGUCUACUCGGAAGAGUCUCCGGGGCAGAGGUACGUCGUGCGCUUCGACGACGGCACCGAGGACGCGGUCGACCUCUCCAAGCUGCGGCGGUGCGACCUCAGGCAGGGCGACUACGUCCUGAUCAAGGCUUCGCGGCCCGUGCGGGCGGAGGUGGCCGAUGCGUCGCAGUGCAACACCUCUGAGCGCCAGGUCGUUGUGCGCUUCGGCGAUGGUGGCGAUGGCUACAAAGAGGAGGUCGACACGAAGGAUAUCAUGAUCCCUAGCCGCUCCGUCAUCAGCAAGUGGGCCGACCGCACGCUCACAGCCGACCAGGUCGUCACGCUCCUGCGGCCGAAGCUCAAGCAGUCGCCGACGCCAUCCAAGCUGUCCGAGAUUGCAUCGUGGUCCAAGAGCACGAAGGGCAUGUUCGCUAGGACGGGCUUCAUCCUCACGACCUCUCCGGGCAUGGUGGACUGGGACAAGGAACGCGGAGGCCUCGAGACGCAGAUCAAGAGCCAGGGAGGCCACAUCUUUGAGGACUGGUGCCGCGUAUUCAGCAUGGAGGGCAUGCCCAGCCUCGGCGGGAAGCGCUGGGUGCUCGAGAAGGGCGAGAUCAAGCUUGAGCGCGAGGAGCUUGAGCGUGUGUUCCUCCUCGCAGACGACGCGUGCCACAAGCCCAAGUUCCUCAUCGCACUCGCGCUCGGUAUACCCUGCGUCAAGUUCGGCUGGCUGUACGAUUCGGUGGCCGAGAUGGCCGAGAGGGAGUGGCAGCCGUACCUGCUGCCCGCAGGCACCUCAGAGCAGCUCAACGCGCGGAUCUCGCAGACGGUUGACGUCGACUGGGGCAACUGCCCGGAGCACGUCCGUGACAUCAUGGACAACCGGGUGCCCUUCAAGCUGUUCGGCGACAUGAAUAUCCUCUGUAUCCUGGCGGACAUCUUCCCGGGGAAGAACCCCAAACGGCCCCAGGGCAACUCGGACAUCGACCGGUCGCGCGAGGCGGCGCGCAUGAUCCCGCGCAUCCUCCUCUGCAUGGGCGCCGCGCGCGUCGAGGCUGUCGACAUCCCCGCGCACGCGUCGUGCAAGCUCGACAUGUACGACUACGUCGUCGUCAAGGACGCGGACGAGGCCAGGCGCCACCCCAGGACGCGCGAUCUCGCGAACUGCGUCACGUUCCCGUGGGUCAAGGAGUGCCUCAUCACCGGGCGGACCCUCCCGCGUGACUGAGCUCCCUUGUCUCUCUCUACCCCGGAUACUGAUUUAAAAUCCAUCUUGCUUAUGGCUCUUUCUUGGAAAGGUGUACUUUUUUGUUUCUUGGAACGAGUAUAAAUGCUCUUAUCUCUGCUUGGCAUACCUUAACUUCCGUGACCGCUGAUAAUGACUCGUCAGCUUGUUUAUAUAUCUUUCUUGUGUCUCACCGGUCUCUCUCAAGAUUGCCGCCAUCUCUGAUAUCAUACACUAUUACAGUAUCAUUGUAUCAUAUAUAGGACCAUCUAUGCAUGUUCAUAGCAUCCCACUCUUUCUUGCAAUAUGAAGCCCGU